CUGGCGCCAUGGAGGCCGCCUGCGUCAAUAUCCUCGAACCCGGGGACCUUCGUAAUCUGCCGCAAUGGUUAUUUCGGCAUCCGUCUUGGCAACAUCGCCCAGCGCUGCGGCGCGAUAGUCCACGAGGUCGACUCGCCUUGGGGCCAGCCCGUCGACCCCCAGGCCCUCAGCGACGAGCUCGCCAAGCAUUCCCGGGUGAAGGCUGUCGGUGUGGUCCACGCCGAGACCUCCACCGGUGUGCUGACCCCGAUGCCCGAGAUCAUUGACGUCAUUCAUCGCCACGGCGCCAUCUCCAUUGUGGACGCCGUGACCUCCCUUGGCGGCCACGACAUGCAGGUGGACGAAUGGGGCAUCGACGUCUGUUACAGCGGCACCCAGAAGUGUCUCGGCGCCCCUCCAGGCCUCGCCCCCAUCACCCUCAGCGAGUCCGCCAUGCAGGUCGUCAAGGCCCGUGAGACCCCGGUCCAGAGCUUCUAUUUCAACCUGCAGGAUCUCGAAAGCUAUUGGGGCCAAAGCCGCAGCUACCACCACACCGCCCCCAUCUCCAUGACCUACGCCCUCCGCGAGGCGCUGCGGAUGAUGAUGGAGGAGGGCAUCGAGAAACGCAUAGACCGGCACGCCCGGGUGGCCGCCGCCCUGCGCGCCGGCUUGGAGGCCCUGGGGCUGGAUCUGCUGGCCAAUCCGGAGCACCGGCUCAACCCCCUGACCACGGUCGGGAUCCCCGAGGGCAUAGACGACUCGCAGGUCAGGUCAACGCUGCUCAACGAAUACGGCAUAGAAAUCGGAGGCGGCUUGGGCGAGUUUCGCGGGAAGGCUUGGCGCAUCGGCCUGAUGGGCGACUCCGCCCGGGACCGCAAUGUGCUCGCCCUCCUGUCGGCCUUGGAGCAGAUCCUGAACGCUAACGGUUACGAGGUUGCCUACGGUUCGAGUCUGGCUGCCGCCCAAAAAGCCCUCGCCGCCGCGUCCCCUGCAUCUGGCUAG